CGAUGCGGAUAGGAGGGGCUGGUUCUCCAAGUCAUUUCUCUCACCUCUUGUCCAAGAUCUUGUCUGUAUCCAUUUCGCGCAGGACAGCAACAAGAAAGAAGAGUUUUAGCCUUGUCCCCAUUGAAUCAGCCCCCUCCCCGGUCCAAAUCUCUAAGAGGAAAGAGUAUAUAGCAGCCACCUCUCCUUCUACCCUCCCUUUCCAGUUGGCCUGAUUUCCAAGACCUGCUCUUUUCCUAAUACAUUCAUCCUUUACUUGCAUCUGUUUUGCAAGGCGACGACUUGACCUUGUUGUACCAAAGCUUUUCUUAACUGGGUAUCUCAGCCCAGUCCUACUCUGUGAUCGAUCCUGCCUGAGCAGCAAGAGCGUUGUGAAUGCUCUCCCUUGGUCGGCUCAAUUGACGAAGGAACCUGUUUCAUAAAAAAAAAAGAAAGAGAGAAAGAAAGAAAGGGACAAUCGUCUUUUAUAGUCUCCUUCCUUCGCAGGCACAACCAUCGUCCUUUUCCCUCUGAACCCGACUAUUCGAGUUCCAUUUGAUACCACUUACACCAUCUGAUCUCGUACCAAGUCCCGGCAUCCUCAGCCCGACUUGAAGAUAGCAACACUAUACAACAUCACCCCAGCAUCUCCCUAGAGCAAAACGCCGACAACCAACCUCCACAGCCUGCGUCCGGCAACGACAUGAGAAAGCUAUGGCAGAGCUCCCGACCCCGUUCUACUGCCUCUGGCAGAAGGAACACUCGUCCUUAGGCUCCAAGGUCCUCGACCUCCUCCCGAAGCGCGACCUCGCCUCGCUCCGGCUCGCCAGCUCGGCCUGCUGCAAUAUCGCCACGAAGCCCCUUUUCAAGCGCAUCCGCGUCACCUUCUCGGCAAACACCUUCACCAAGCAGUCCCGCAUCCAGGCGCUCGCCCGCGUAGGGCACCACGUCGAGCACCUGCACUUUCACUUCGCCCACUCCGACGCCACCUUCCUCCCGCCGCUCGUCCACCCGACCACCGGCCGCGAGAUCUGCUUCCUGUACACGCCUCAUACCAGCAUGGCCUCGGUCCUCGCGCGGCCCAAGUACGCCAACACGGAGCUCGGCGAGAUCCUCACGCAGCAGUACCCGCCCCUCUUCCAUGCCGCCACCAACGUGCCCAGCUUCAUAAACGCCAUGCGCUACCUCGUCAACGUCCGCCACCUGACCAUCCGCUGCCCGGGCCAGGACCCGCAGGAGCGGUACCGCCGCGACAUCGUCGACUACGCUAUCAUGAGCCUGCGCAUCGCCGUCGAGCGCGCGCCCCUCGAGCGGCUCGAGAAGCUCUCGCUCUCGGGCAUGCACCCCUCAGCCUUCAACUACCUGCGCCACGUCCCCGGCUUCGGCGCGGUGCCCUCGGCGGGCCGCCGGUGGAAGCAGGUCCGCAAGCUCAACAUCUCGGUCGAGGCCUGGGACUUUUACGGUCCGUCCCCGGGGCUUGACCACCUCAAGGUCCUGGACGACUACAUCCGCCAGUUCUCCGGCACGCUCGAGAAGUUCCAUUUCACCUGGCUGGGGCCCAAGGGCCCUUGCCCCAUCGCCCUCUCGGCCGACCCGCUGUUCGCGCCGCCGAGGCAGAACAGGAAGCUGUUCAAUGAGGUGACGUCGCCCAUGUCGCCGCUUCCGCCGGCGCCGGGCCGAAAGCCGAUGCACUUUCCGCGCCUGCGGUACAUGCAGGUACGCAACGCGACUAUGACGGCUGGCCAGCUCUCGGACCUUGUCGACGCACAUCAGAAGACCGUCAAGGAGUACGACUUUGACAACGUCGUGCUCAUCAACGGCGGCGACUGGGACGAGGCGCUUGCGCCGCUUAUGGAGUCCGCCGGUAGCAGCAGCGACAUCUGGUCCCAGCACUCGCGGAGCAACUCGGGAGAGGCCGACAGUCUCCACUCGGCCGAGCCGUCCCACGACGACGACGAUCUGCCCUCGCCGUCGGCGGCGGCGGCUGCUGCCACGCGAGAACUACUCGACUUUGACCUUGGCAGCGAACUAUACGUUGACGAAGAAUACGAUCCGUACGAGGGCCUCGAUGAGGAUCUGGCUUCAGACCUCGCGGCCGCCAAAGAGGCCAGCACGUCCUUCAGCACCGUGCUGAAGAAGAAGCGCGUUCACCGGCGCAGGAAACACCGCAAGGAUGACGGCGGUGGCGGCAGCCAUAACAACAACGGAAAGGAGGGCUUCUCGUGGCGACACCACAGGAGCCGGAGCCACGAGCGCCAUCGCAAGCACAAGCACCACAGGGAACACCCACCGGUGCCCGAGGAGGACGACGCCUUCCGGCCGUCGACCCCUGUACCCGUCAUCACGGCGCCGAUCCAGGACACAUCACCGCACCCAGUCCUGCUGCAGCCGGCCGUGUACGACCCCAACGCGAACCGGCUCUCGGGCCCCGAGGAGGGCAUCUCGUCGGUGCAGCGAAACAUGGAGCAGGAGGAGGCGCACCGCAUGCUGGCCGAGGACGCGGCGAUGCGGGUCAGCGCGCUACGCAAGGCCAAGGCGGCGGUAUUGAUGAAGCUCUCCAAGGAGUUCACGCGCAAGGGCACGCCGGCGCCAGUGGCCGGGGGGGACAACUGUGGCCUGCAGAUGCGGCUGCGGGAAGGGCUCUUUGGGAAGAGCUUCGUGAGCGUGUUACCGGACGACAGAACCAUGUCGAGCCAGUCGGCAUUGGUCCCGUUGAUGGUGAUGCGGUAAAU